AUGUUACGGUGGAUGGUGCACCUGGAGGGCAGGCCCCGCAGGGUGAAUCAUGCAGCAGUGUCUGCGGGGCACCGGGUGUAUUCAUUUGGAGGAUACUGCUUUGGAGAAGACUAUGAGACAUUACGCCAGAUUGAUGUACACGUUUUCAAUGCAGUGUCAUUGCGUUGGACUAAAUUGCCCCCAAUGCGGUCCAGCGAACAGGCUGGGGAAGUGCCCUACAUGCCUUAUGGACAUUCAGCUGUCCUCAUUGACGACACUGUCUACCUGUGGGGUGGACGCAAUGACACAGAAGGAGCUUGCAAUGUGCUCUAUGGCUUUGAUAUCAACACUCACAAGUGGUGUGUGUUGAACCCUUGGGUGUGACCCAAGGUAUCUGGAACAGUACCUGGAGCCCCAGAUGGACAUUCAGCCUGUGUCCUGGGCAAGAACAUGUAUGUCUUUGGGGACUAUGAGCAGCUGGCUGACUGCUUUUCCAAUGAUAUCCACAAGCUGGAUACCAGCAGCAUGACGUGGACCCUCAUUUCUGCCAAGGGCACUCCCGCACAAUGGAGGGACUUUCACUCAGCUACAAUGUUGGGCAACCACAUGUAUGUUUUGGGGGGUCGAGCUGAUCGAUUUGGACCCUUUCACUCCAAUAAUGAGAUCUAUUGUAACCGAAUCCGUAUCUUUGACACAAGGGCUGAGGCCUGGUUGGAGUAUCCAUCUACCCCAUUGUUGCCUGAGGGUAGAAGAAGCUACUCUGCCUUUGGGUACAAUGGGGAGCUGUACAUAUUUGGUGGCUACAACGCAAGGCUGAAUCGGCAUUUUCAUGACCUCUGGAAGUUCAAUCCAGUGUCCUUCUCUUGGAAGAAGAUUGAACCUAAGGGAAAGGGGCCAUGCCCCCGCCAGCGCCAGUGCUGUUGCAUCAUGGGAGACAAGAUCGUCCUCUUUGGGGGCACUAGUCCUUCUCCUGAGGGAGGCCUAGGAGAUGAGUUUGACCUCAUGGACCACUCCGACCUACACAUUCUAGACUUUAGUCCCAGCCUGAAGACCUUGUGUAAACUGGCUGUGAUUCAGUAUAACCUGGACCAGACCUGUCUGCCCCAUGAUAUCAGGUGGGAGCUGACUGCCAUGACCACCUACAGCAACAUCAGCCGCCCCAUUGCAUCAUCCCAUGGGUAGAGGGAAGCCUCCAUUGCCUUCCCUACUGAUCCUGCUGCUGUCCUCACCACCCCUUCCCUUCAUUUGCGAAC